CAUCGUCCGCCCGUCACCCACGGCGCAACGCGCAACACCUCUGUAUCCGACGCAUAAGACCCAGAGCCCUUGCCUGCCUGCCUGAUCCUGCCUUGUCUUGCCUUUUUCUCCAGUGCCAACGAUCCAGACGACGACGCCGCCGCUCCAACGCUAUAAAGGACAGACCGACCCACUAGCCAUCAUCAGAAUGUUCGUCUCCCGUACCCUCCGCUCCGCUCGCCCCACUGUCCGUGGCCUCGCCUCCAUCCACCCAGCCACCGCUACCCACAACACGCCCCCACCCCCGCCCGCAGCCAUGCCUGUCGCCGACGCAAACCUCACCCAGCUCCUCACCGAGCAGCGCAAGCACGUCACGCCUGCCCUCUCGCGUCUCCAUGACCACAUCAUUGUCAAGGGACAGGGCUCCAAGGUCUGGGACGAGACUGGCGCCGAGUUCAUCGACUUCAACGCCGGUAUCGGAGUCACCAACCUCGGCCACUCGCACCCUGCUGUCACUGCCGCCGUCAUCCACCAGGCCCAGCAGGUGUCGCACGUCCAGUGCUCGAUCGGCUUCUCGCUCCCCUACCUCCAGCUUGUCGAGGCGCUCCGCCCCAUGAUGCCCCACGAGUCGCUCGACACGUUCUUCUUCUGGAACUCGGGUUCCGAGGCCAUUGAGAUGGCUCUCAAGCUCGUCAAGCGUGCCACGAACCGCAACAAUGUCAUUGCCAUGGUCGGCUCGUACCACGGCCGCACCCACGGCGCUUCGGGCAUUACCCGCUCCAAGCCCAUCUACACCCAGCACACUGGCCCCACCAUGAACGGCGUCUACGCCACCCCCUUCCCCUACUGGCACUCGCUUGGCGUUGACCCCUCGACCCCCGAGGACGAGCUCGUUCGCCUUGCCAUCUACCAGCUCGAGCUCCUCAUCAAGACCCAGACUGCUCCCACCGACGUUGCCGCGCUCUUCAUUGAGCCCGUCAUUGGCGAGGGUGGCUACGUCCCUGCCCCUGCCGCCUGGCUUAACUACCUCCGCGAGUUCUGCGACAAGCACGGCAUCCUCCUUGUCCUCGACGAGGUGCAGUCGGGCUUCGGCCGUACCGGCAAGCUCUUCGCCGCUGAGCACGUCCCCGGCUUCAAGCCCGACGUCCUUGUCUUCGCCAAGGGCCUCGCCAACGGCUACCCCCUCUCGGGCGUUGCCUCGCGCAAGGAGCUCAUGGAGAAGCAGGAGGUCGGCUCGAUCGGUGGCACUUACGCCGGCAACGCCGUUGCCUGCGCUGCCGCCGUCGCCGUCGCCGAGGUCUUCAAGACCCAGCCCAUCCUCGAGAACGUCAACGCUCGUUCCAAGGAGCUCUUUGACGCCCUCUACGCUAUCCGCGACUCGCCCAAGACUGGCCACCUCGUCGCCGACAUCCGUGGCCAGGGUCUGAUGGUCGCCGUCGAGUUCCGCACCGAGGCCGACCCCCUCACCACCAAGGGCCUCGCUGCCGGCACUGCCAUCCCCAAGGACAUUGGCAAGCGCAUCCAGAAGAAGUGCCACGACAACGGCCUUCUCCUCCUCACCACGUCGUGCUUCGACACGAUCCGCUUCAUCCCCCCUCUUGUCAUCACCAAGGACGAGAUGGCCCAGGCGCUCAAGAUCUUCAACGCCGCCGUCGAGGAGGUCGCCCGCGAGGGUUAAACAAAAGGAGGACAUCGUAUAGACUGGGCGCGGGGUCACUGGGCAGCAGGGUUCUCAUAGCUUGUUUGUAGGAUUGCAUGUAGUGUACAAAGAACAGUAGCGGGGUGGAGGGCCAGAUAUUUUGACAGCAUUUCUGGAG